AUGUGGAAGAGGAUCUCCCUGGGUUCCAUGUUAACACCCCAGAUAAGCACUUCAUUAACAUCAGCAGUGUCCUCCUCUAUCACUGCAGUCAUCAGUCAUCAUAGGGACACCUGGGCACGGGACGAGAAAAGGUCCAUAUCCAACAUUGGUUCGGGUGGCUCGCUAUAUAAAUGCAAGGAUAACCCGGAUGCUACUGCGGACUACACCACCAUCAUAGGAGUGGUAGGAGCCGCCGAGAGCAGCAUCUCCCUUCAAGUGGCCAAUCUGUUGAAGCUGUUUUAUAUACCACAGAUCAGCUACUUCUCUACAAGCCCGGACCUCAGCAACAAGGAGAGAUACCCUUACUUCCUGCGCACAAUUCCUUCCGAUGCCUCACAGGCGGAAGUCAUGAUAGAAAUUAUUAAGAAGCUAAGUUGGAAAUACAUCAGCAUCAUAUACGACGCUACAAACUAUGGACUGAAGGGCUUUGUCCGCAUAGGAGAACUGAUCAACAAAGAGGACAGUCUUUGUACGGCGGUCACGUACCAGCUCUCCCAGACUGACCCAGCCACACAUGACGCCGCCAUCAAAGCGCUGGCCAAGCAGAAGAAUGCUAAAGGUGUCAUAGUGUUCGCCAAAUACCCUGACGUCAUCAAGCUGAUGCGUGCUGUGGAGGAGAACAACGUGACGAGCCACUUCAUGUGGAUAGGCAGUGACGGCUGGCAGGAGGCACAACUCGCCAAUAUCGGAGGGUUUCGAGAGGAGCUAGAAGGCGCCAUAACCGUGCAUCCUCUCGCACACACAGUGACAGGGUUCAGCUAUUACUUCAGGAAUCUAAAACCAGAUCACCAGAACACAAACCCUUGGUUCAACGAAUUCUGGGAACAGCAUUUUAAAUGCAAAUUGCCAUCUACCCAACUGUCGUAUUUUAAUAAAGACUAUAAAAAUUGCACAGGACAAGAGAAGAUCAGCAAGGACUUCAUAUUUGAGCCUCGUCUUCAGUUUGUCAGCGACGCGGUGAUGGCGUUUGCACAUGCACUUAAGAACAUGCACACUGAAGUCUGCGGCGGACGGCGGGGGAUAUGCGCUGAAAUGAAUCCCAUCUCAGGCGAAACUCUUCUUUACUAUUUGAAAAAUGUGCAGUUUACAAGUCUCGCUGGUGCAGAGGAAUUCCACUUUGAAAGUAAUGGCGACGGCGCCAAUAGAUAUAUUCUAAAGGCGUACAGACAGCGCUCUCCUGGAAACUUUUCCUGGGAAAACGUUGGUGAAUACGACAAGGGAAUACUCACGAUGGAACCGGACAAACUGAUAUUCAAAAUGAAUUCCACAGACAUCCCCAAGUCCGAGUGCAGCAAGCCGUGCAGUGAGUUCGAGGCCACGCGGUACAUAGCCCUGGACAAGUGCUGCUGGACCUGCCAACCCUGUACGGAACACCAGUAUCUGCCCACGCCACACAAGUGCCAGGACUGCCCCAACGGAACCGAGCCAAAUGCGUUCCGCAACGCGUGCACACCUCUUCCUGAAGUACACCUCAGUUUCAAGAACGGAGUAGCCAUUGGUGCAGUCACGUGCUCCGUGUGGGGGAUCCUGUUUACUUUGUUUGUGAUCUACGUGUUCGUGAGGCACCGGGAUACACCUAUCGUUAAGGCGUCAAGUCGAGAACUGAGCUUUGUUCUCUUGGCCGGGAUUUUGCUUUGUUAUCUUAUGACUUUUAUUAUCAUCGCCAAACCAUCAGGCGUCAUCUGCGGAUUGCAAAAAUUUGGUAUUGGCCUUUGUUUUUCAUUGUGUUACUCAGCACUUUUGACCAAAACCAACCGUAUAGCAAGAAUCUUCGCUGCUGGCAAGCGGACCACAAAAAGACCGAUGUUCAUCAGCCCAAGAUCGCAGCUUAUCAUAUGUGGAGCCAUAGUCUUCAUACAAAUAAUGAUCGACGCCUUAUGGUUAGCAGUUCGCCCACCAGAGGCACGAUACAUAUAUCCAACCAAAUCAGUGAACAUGUUAGUGUGUUUGGCGCACGUUGGAGACGAGUAUAUCAUCGCCUUUAUCUACCCUAUCAUACUGCUCAUUAUAUGCACAGUGUACGCAAUUUUGACUCGUAAAAUUCCUGAAGCGUUUAAUGAAUCCCGAUACAUUGGACUAACUGUGUACACCACUUGUAUCAUAUGGUUGGCCUUUGUUCCAAUAUUCUUCACCACGGCCACAGAUAUUCCACUGCGUAUGUGCAUUAUGGCAUUUGUCCUCGAUCUUAGCGCCACAGUGUCACUGAUGUGCCUGUUUUUCCCACGCUUAUACAUCAUUUUAUUAAAACCGGAAAGAAACGUUAAGCAGGCUAUCAAGAAGAAAAUCAACACGCUUGAAGUGAAAGAGAUGGGUUUUCACAAAGAAAAAAAUUCGUGGUCGCGGGAUUCCGGAAACCAUUCUGAAGGUAAGGGCUUGAUUGGAGGAUCGUCAGUCGAUCGUUUCCUGCAGGAGGCCAAUUGCGUUGAAAGUGAGGCCCAAUGCCGGGAGGGCGUGGCUCAACUAACACAAUCAACUGGGCUUCUUAUCCUUGGGAUAUCCGAUACAUGCCAAACAUUGGCUGGCCCAGAUCUGGACGUUCGCGUGCGUCUAACAAAAAGAAAGGAUUCUUUGAAUAGCGACAUAGAGAAUCCGACUGUGGGCACUCAAACCCCAGCCAACUUUGGAGCAGACAUUACAACUCAGACCGAAGGUGUGUGUGUCGUGAUGGCAAAUAAUGAAUAUGCAAAGAAAAGCUACGUGGAUGCAGCAGUUGCGACCGAUGUGAACACAAUCGCAAUGGAGGAGAAUUCUGACGAAUACGAUUCCGAUAACUCUGACUUUGCCAGCAUACAGUCUGAUAUACAGGAUAUAUCACUCUAAGUCACAGUUGUGUUCUUGUCUCUAGAAAUAGACCUCUCCAUAUCUCAACCUGCAAACAGUCAUUAACGUCUGUUAAGUAAAAAAUAUUAUAUUCUUUCCAAUUUAUUAUUCUGCAUAGCGAACAUUUCAGGGAUAUGUCAAUAUUAAUUGUACAUCUUGUUUGAGUUAGAUUAAAUUUUGUAACUUUUAUGGUAGGAGUAAGUGUUUAAUGUACCGUAAUAUGUGUUGAAAUAGAUUAAAAUUUUGUUUUAUUGUAUAGUAUUCAUUGUUUUUAUUUAAUACCACGUUGUACUAUGGAUCGAGGCAAUGCUUGUGAUUUUCAUAAUAACUGUAAUCGU